ACUAAAAAAUAUAUAAAUGAAUAAAAAGGACAAGAGAUGUAGCUUAGUGGUAGAGCACUCCUUGGUUCCCUCCUUUAAAACGUGGGAUGGUUACAUGGUCACAAUUGGUGGCAGAACCAGUAUCGAUCCCUAGACCACGUUUAUUUGGUCAACAGACAUCUCAAGUGUGUGCUGUGGGUUAGGAGCUGGACUGGACAAGGUGCUGCUUGUUGGCUUCUUACAGCAGUUUGUUUACUCCUGUGCCACGCCUCCUGGUGGUACUGGGAGUCUUGAAGAAUUGGCUGCCUCAGAUCUAUUUGUUUUAAGGCUUUGACCCCAUGCCAGUGUUGUAAAACUCCCUCCAGGGGUGGCCUGGGGGCCGAGCAGGUGUGGCAGUUCUAUGGCAGAAGCACCUGCCACAAAAACGGAAGAUGACUCCUUUCUCCAGUGGUUUCUGCUUCUCAUCCCUGUGACUGCCUUUGGCCUGGGGACUUGGCAGGUCCAGCGUCGGAAAUGGAAGCUGAAAUUGAUUGCAGAAUUAGAGUCUAGAGUUAUGGCUGAUCCCGUCCCUCUGCCAGCAGACCCAAUAGAACUGCAAAAUCUGGAGUAUAGACCAGUUAAGGUCAGGGGGCGCUUUGAUCACUCCAAAGAGCUGUACAUGAUGCCCCGGACCAUGGUGGAUCCUGCCCGGGAGGCCCGGGAAGCUGGUCGGAUCUCCUCCUCAACUGAGAGUGGGGCCUAUGUAGUCACCCCCUUCCUCUGCACCGACCUGGGAGUCACUAUUCUGGUAAACCGAGGGUUUGUCCCAAGGAAGAAAGUGAAUCCUGAAACUCGGCAGAAAGGCCAGGUUGAGGGAGAAGUGGACCUAGUCGGGAUGGUGAGGCUUACAGAAACCAGGAAGCCCUUUGUUCCCGAGAAUAAUCCAGAAAGGAACCAUUGGCAUUACCGGGACCUGGAGGCCAUGGCUAGGGUCACAGGCGCAGACCCUAUUUUUAUUGAUGCCGACUUCCAGAGCACAGUCCCUGGAGGACCCAUCGGAGGGCAAACCAGAGUCACUCUGCGGAAUGAACACAUGCAGUACAUCAUUACCUGGUCAGUAUGGACUGUGUGCAGCUACAUCAUACCUGUGGUUUAAGAAAUUCCUGCGCCGGACACCUGGCAUGUGAAGAAGUCAGUACAGAAUGGUCCCUAAAUAAUCAGAAGGUCCCUGCAUAGAUGGCAUUUCAAGAGACUUGAUUUUACUGGAUCAUGUAUUAUCAGUAUAAAUAAAUGCUUUAUAGACUCACA